AUGAACGUCCUCAUAAAGGAAGAGGAGAAAGUUUCGUAUGUUUACAAAGACAUCCCGAUUCCACAAGCUGGCAAAGGAGAACUGCUUGUAAAAGUACUCAAAGUGUCCCUGUGUGGUUCGGAUAUUAUUUUAUAUGAAUGGAAUGAAGGUAAAGUAAACACCUGAAUAAAUAUUAAGGGAACGGCUUACCGGGGCAUGAUAUUAAACUUAACGUGAAGCAAAAAAUUGUAUAUACCCUUUAGUACAGUGUUACUGCCUUCAAGAUGGAUGGUUAAUCGUAUAUUUAUCGCAAUGCUACAGCGCAAGUCUUUGGCAAGCAAGUAUUAUGAUGCUAAUUUUAAAGAAACCAAUUCAUGAUUCGGAUGAAAAAAAUCAGGUGACGCGACGUGACGUACUGAUAGGGUUUUGUCCCAGGGUACCACGCCUCUCCCCAUCCCCCUUUUCAGUGAAAUUUUAUUUUGUUUUUAAAGAACUUUCAUCAGUAAAAUGAAUAGUAUCUAUAUAGCUUGCAAGUGUCCCGCCCCCUUCUCAGCCUUCUUUCUAAAUUUUCGCAUCCGCCCCUGGGCUGUAUAACAGUACUGUUGGACUGGACUGGUGAAUGCCAGAACUGUCAACCUAUUUGUUCCGAACUGUUAUAAAACCACUAAGUUUCUUUUCUUUUACUUUAGCUGCAAAGACAAUAGCAACAUUGCCAUUUAUCCCUGGGCAUGAAUGUGUUGGAGAGGUAUUAAGACAGAAUACAUCUGACAAUUGAGUAAUUUUAAUUUUCAGGGGACAAAAACCUCGUACCAGAAUAUUUUAAGCCAUGUCGCAUUCUUUGUUACACUUUUCACUGAGAGCUGUGAAUGUAAAAAGUUAUAUGAAAUAGCUCCAAAGAAAAGGUUCUUAUUGGAGCCCAAGGAAAUAAAUUCCAUAUUUCACGGGAACUGAGAAAACAAACUCCAUGUAAAAUUAAAAUUACUCAUUUUCCAAAUGGGAUGCUUGUCACCUCACUAAGGGGUGUAAAUUACAGAUUAUGGUCUCACAUGUACGUAUGUGGUGUUUGGGAUGGAAAGUCACUAUAUUUGCCCAUUCAAGUAUCACUUAGGGCUGUGCAUAAAGAAAUUUACAUAUAAAGCCUUCACUGGAUACUGAUAACCUUUAGUGGUCAAGGACUUAGGAAGGUUGGAUUGUGAGGGGGAGCCUGGGGGAGACACUCCAUAAAGUUUUAUGCAGGGGCAUUCCAUGGCCAACUCCAACUUCUUAUACUUUUUAAACCAUUUUUGACAGAAAACGUGGCCCUUCCUAUACCUUCUAUUGACACGUUGUACCCCUUUAAUUUACAUACUUAGCUAGUUUAGAAUGCUUCAUCUCUUUUAACUGCUGUAAAUGCACAGUGUUUUAAGAAUGAAAUCAUAAAAAAUCUCUAAACCAGGAAGUUUUCAUUGUUUUUUUCACAGCCAUAAAAGGCAUCUGUUAACCUCUUUUAGAACCUUUUAUUGACAUAUACUUCAGCUAGUGAAAUCCUUUGCCUUUCAUAUACCUCAGAAACCUGUAAAUGGUUCCCCUCCUGGGCAGAGCCUGCACUUACAGGCCAUUAUAGAAAGUACCCCCAGGAGGGGGGGGGGGGUGCUUAGAUACAAGGUUUUUAACUGAAAUGAAGGAAUACAGUGGAAGCUCUCCGAACAUACGCUCUUGUAAGGGGAUAGCCUGCGCGCAGACGAAAUUAAACUCUGGUUAACUCCGUCUGCGAAACAGCGCCGAAAUCCUUGUUCUGGACUUCCAGCUGUGUACCCAGAUUUGAGUACGCGCCAUGAUUGGCCAGUUAAAAAAGGCCUUUGUUUUGUUUGUCGUGAUCGCCAAUCAGGUUGAAGGGGAAUUCGAAACGCACUUCCGGUAAUUCGUUGAGUCCGUUGGGGGUCCAGAACAAGGAUCUCUACGCUGCUUCGCAGAUGGUACUAAUCAGAGUUUAGUUAUCGUCUGCACGCAGGCUAGUAAGGGGACAGCCUUCACAAAACCCUGUUUUUCUCAUUCCCUAUACAAACUCUGUAUUUUUACAUUCCCUUAAGUUAGUGGUCAGCUCCAGUUAUGGUCACCUUUUUCGCAUCCUGAGGGUGUCCAUUCAUGAGAGCUUCCAUUGUGGUUGGUUUAAGUAGGGUAAGUAUAUGUGAUAUUAGAAGCAGGAAGCACCCUUAUGGGACCCUCUGGAUACACCCUGGAAAUCACUCUCAAUCUUGUGCACAAUUUUUUCUUUUUUUCACAUGUAUAUGUUGCGGUUCAAUCUUAUCCUUCGGUUAAAUUUUAUUUUCUUUUGUUUUGGAGUAUAGUAGUGUAUGAUAAUGAGUUUAACAACACAUAAAUAUUAUUUUGCCUUCUUAAAAAGUGCAGACUGUAUGUGCAGCUUAUUGGUGUGUGAACCUUCAUCGUGUCAAACUAUCACAAUUUGGGCUUUUGUAGGUUGUUCAAGUUGGUCCUGAUUGUGACAAGAAAUUUUCUGUUGGACAGCGUGUCUGCUGUGAAAAUCACUUUUAUUGUGGAAAGUGUUAUCAAUGUUUACAUGGUAAGACAUUAUCCAACAAAAAAUUAAGAGCAAUGAGUGUGACAAGUAAAUUGUCGUGGAAGUUUUUAUUAUCUCCAUUUUUAAUAAUUAUUUUAAUAUUAUGAUGCAGCUGUUUUACAUUUGUCUAGUACAGAUUUACGUCAUAUCUGCCAAAAUCUUAAUCAGUUUGGACAUGGAAGAGGUACUAUUUAUGGAGGUAGGGUAGAUUGAAUGUUGACCUACUUACUUAUUAAAAAUCAAUCUGCAAUGCUUUUCAGUUUUAGAGAAUCAAGUCAGGCAAUCUUAAAUCAGAAUGAUCGACAGACCUUCAACUCAUAAAAUCUUUGUUUAGACCCUGCACUGUAAUUUGUGAUAAAUGUUCUGGUCUUGUUCAAAGUCAACACCAUAAAUAUAUUGUUGAUUGAUUUUAAUAAUAUGCACAACAUGUAGCUCAGCUCUAUAGUCAUCUGGCGCUGAAUCAUAUUUUGCAGGGUUUGCUCAGUACACAAUCAUUCCAGCUGGCUACUGUUACCUGCUGAAAACAAACCUGGAUGUGGACAGAGCUUGCAUACUGGAACGUAAGAUCAAUGUUAUAUAAUAAGUUGCAAUAAUUGAAUAACAUUAUUCCUCUUGCCCUCCUCUGAAAGCUAGGAUUUAAUUGAAGCUACUAAUCAUGAAGUAGAGAGAACUGGGUUUCUAAGAGAAUGACUGCAGAUGAUUGUCUGUCCAAAUAUGACUUAAGUCAGCGUGUUACACUGUAAGUAAGCUAAAUGUUGCUUGACGUAUGGCUUCAGGUCCAGUGUUUUCUUUAUUUUUUCCCAGCAUUUGGUGUCGCACAUCAGGCUGUGGAAGAAGUCGACCCUGCUGGGGAUACUAUACUUGUUCAAGGUGUAGAUUUUGUUUUCCACAAGUAACCUAUAUAGAGAUAAGGGGGUGGGGUAUGAACACAGGCUAAUAUGGUCGGGGGUGGGGUGGGGUGGGGUGGGCCUGGAAAUUCAUUGAAUUAGAUGUAACACUUAAAAAAAACUUUUGAUAGUUUUCCUUUAGUUUUGUUGACUAUUAAUAACUAGUUCACUUUUGUGAUGAUGGAAUUGCUGACUGAACUUGACCUUUUUGUAUCAUUCUUUGUUGUAGGGUGUGGCCCUAUUGGUUUACUAGCAAUUGGAAUCGCCAAGUGCAUGGGAGCUAUCAAAAUGUAAGUAUUGGACAGGCUUAAAAGAACACUGAGUUUCAACCAUUUGCACGGGCACAAAACUGCCCGAAAAGUGCCCCUCAAUCCUUGCACCACUUGUAACGUCAUCACAUUUUUUUCGUUCGACGGAGGGAGAAAGCCGGGCUAGAUUUACCCCUCUUCUCUAGCACCCAUCAUAGUUGCUUACAAAUCUCUUAAAGGUCGCUCGUACGUAUCUUGCAUUAGAGGGGUUACAAUGGAACCCGGCCAGACGCGGCUUCCUUGUUGUUAUGCAACUUUGAUUUGUCUGGGGCGGCUGAGUGAAAUUUUCAUACACCAGGGACAGCGACGAUAAUAAUAUUAAUAAAACUCGUAAAAAAUGAAUUCGCGUUGUUUCAAAGAAAAAGAGUAGCAGUAAUGUAGUGUUUAAAGAGUAGAAAGUUACAGACGGAAAUAAAUCUUGAGACGUAAUAACGAGAUUUUCGUUGUUUAAGAUUUGUAGUGUGUUCCUUUCUGAUUUCCUAUUAUAAACGAAAAAAAGGGGCCUUGAAAUAUUAUCCUACCCUGCUCUUUCGACAAUAUCGGCACCUCGCUAAUACGGGCAAAUUCUAGGCCUGUUAGAGACCGUAUUUACGAGGUUCCAUUAUUUUAGUCGAGCGAGAAGUAGAAGUAUUUAUUUUGGUCUAGGACGGAGCUUGUGAGAGGGGAAAAAAUAUCUGAUAAAUAAUUUUUUCCCUCUCUUCUCUCCUGGCACUCGACCACUUGUAUAUUCUUACGCUUCAUGCAUGGCAAGGGUUGUAAAAGUGGCACUAGUCGUCGCGGGUAAAGAAAUUUUUUUCUCCAUGGUUUUUUUUAGUAAUUAUAAGUAAAAGUAAUUUGGUUACAAUAUUUUUUUCAUUUUUUUAUAUGACAUUGUACGAUUCCUACAAUUACAUUAUUGUAUUGAUCAUGAGUUGCUUUGUAUCCAUGUUUUUUCGCCCUUGUCUGUUACAAGUAAAGGGAGCGCCUUGUUAUCUCAUUCAGUAAAGGGUACGAGCUGUACGACAAUAAACAAUGAUUGGAUGAGGCCGAGUAUGACGUGAAUUAUUAUAGAUCGAGGAGAACUGGAUCUGAGCUAAUCAGAAACGGCGAAAUAUUUUGAAUGAAUAACUAUAUAACAUGCAUUGCACCGUAUUCUUCCCUCGUCAGUAUUGCAACGGAUAUCAUGGCUGAUCGACUUCACAAAGCAAAAUUAAUGGGUGCAGAUGUCAUUGUUGAUGGAAAAACAGAAAACCUUAAGGAAGCUGGUUUGUAUAUUGUUCACCGUACGAAAAAAUUAUUACAAGGUCGUAAAUCAAAUUAUCGCUACACCCUGUUGGUCUGUUACAAUUAAAACUAUUCGUAGUUUUUUUUUUGUAUGCAGCGAAGUUCACAUACUAGAGAAACUUCCGUAAACUCUCUGUUUCAUAGGUCUACCUUUUUAAAAAAUUCUGCUCUCAUAAAGUCUGUUGGACCCCCCAAAACGCUUUACGUUCUUGUAAUACACCUUAGUUUGAGAAUUUGCAAAACUGAAUCUUGACAAGAACAAAGCAAACAAAAAGGACGGUUUGGGACAGUAUGGUUCUUUUUUUACCAAUAUAUUUUUGGUUUCCUAAAACUUGCUGUCUUUUUUUUUUCUUUUUCGGAUUUUACUGUGGAUAACAUGCUUUUUCAUUUACUUUUAGUUUUCAGAGAAACAUCGGGAGACGGUAUUGGUUGUCUUCUCGAAUGUUCCGGGGCGGCGCCUUUAGUCAACAAUUGUUUUUCGUUACUAAGGUCAGUGGAUAUUGUGAUGUGUUAAUGGACUAUAUAAGCAUGGUGUAUGACUCGCUCAUUUUACACAACAGGUCGGUAGAGAACAGAACACAAAGAUGUCUCUGUGUAGACGGAAUGCUCGAAAUGAAUUCAGGUCGGAGCGCCAUACAGAAUAUGUAUAUUAGUAGAUUUGAAGGCCAGUAUUCGUGGUCCAUCAACACUCUUGUUUUAAAACCUUCUCGAUUAAUUUGGACGGUUGCGUUUUACGGGGGAUUUUCUGCACGAGAGUCGUCAAGCUCUGCGUCGAACGGAAAAGUUUUCACGUCAGGCGCGCCCUACGGAAAUCGCUGCCUAGUGAUUCGCAAGUCGCAAUAAAUCACGCCAAUAAACCCCCACGAAAUCGCAAAAUUCCCAGGAAAAUGUACUAGCGUAUAUUUCUAAAAGACUUGACACGCUAAGCCGUAGAAAAAUUGGACAAGACCAGCUGAAGACAAACUGUUGAUUAGAAGCUAAGCUAAAACUCCGUCCAAAAAUCACUUUGUAAACAAAUGACUCCUUCUGUGAGCAUGGCGUUCCAUUCGUGAUAGGAACUAAUAAUCGCUGAUGUAUUAGACCAAAAACCUCAAGAAUGUGUAUUGCUGUUAUUAAUUUAUCACCUACGACAGUUGUUCUUUUCAGUGUCAACUUGAAGACGCGUUUUUAGUAUUUUGGUGUCAUGUAAUGUUUUAACCGUACCUGGCUUCCAAUACCACAUUUUAGAGCAAGCCGUGUUAAUGCGCACGUUUUCUUUACUUGUAAUAGGAAAGGAGGACGAGUCGUUCUUGUAGGACUUCUCAAGGUAAACUGGCUUUGUAAGAUAAAUAUCGAUAGAAGUAAAUACCCAUGGCAAGAUUAAUCCUCAUGGUCUUCGCAACCCUUCACGUUGUAUUCACACUGGAUCCCCUGCAAGGUGCCUGAGUACAAUCCUCGCCGGGAUUCCAAUGUGGCCACUGCUUUCUCUCAAUUACUCAGCCGGCCAAAAGUUGUGCACCGCGGGCAAGAGCCUGGCGGAGUACGUGGUCAACAACUGGGGUCAAUUCAGUACAUAUGUAAAUGCGCAAGUGUAACUUUGCUUUAGAGUCUGAGAAACCUUGCCACACUCGUAAAUUACACGUGUUAAAAGUUCAAUUCAAUUUGCCCUUGUGCUCAUCAGGCACCAAAAAAGUGGAAAACAAAAAAUAACAUUUUGUAUGAUAGGAAUUAGUUCACAAGCAUCAGCAAGAAGAUGAGCUUUUAGGUGUUGGUUCAUUUUCUCGUUUAGAAUUUCAGAUAAUUUAUUCGAAAGAACUUGUUCAUUUUUUUCUUAAAUCAGUGCUAACUUGUCAAAUUCUAAAAGAGUUAUUUUAAUCACAAAUCAAAAAUAAAGAACAGUAAACGCUAAAUAAUUCACUUAUGGCUACUGUAUAGCGCUUUUUAAAAUAAAUUUGAAAUCAAUCUUAGCUUCCCAACGCCGUAUAGUAAACCGUUUUUUAUUAAAAACUGUUGAUGCCACAGAACAGCAAUCAAUGUUAAUGUGAAUCUCAUUUCACUUCUUUAAAGCAACCUCUUCAUGUUGAGAACUUCCUUCAAGAUGUAUUAUUUAAGUCCUUAACAUUGAAAACCAUUCACGGGAGAAAGAUAUUCAGUACUUGGGAAAAAUCUGAAGAGCUCUUAUUCAAUAACAAGUAA